GCAAAAGAAUGGAUGACUCCGGACGACACUGGUGACACAGUGACAUGGACGAACUUUACACUUAAUGCGAUUCAAUUUCUCUUUUUCUUUCUCUUAUAUUACCUGUCUGCUGUCGUAUAUAAAGAUCAAGAAUUCGCCAGUAACUCCAAACACAAGUUUGAAACACCAUGUCUCCUUCAUUCUCUACGAUUUUGAUGGCCGUUUUGGCUGUGAUCGUUGGCUCAAUGGCGGCCAAAGAUUCGACGGUGAGUGCCAGAUCGCGUUAUUAUCACGGCGGAGCUUAUAGCCAACCGGAUUAUUACGGAGGAGCUGCUGGAAGUCACGGUGCAGUUUACCCGUUGGCUAACAAUCAAUACGGCGGUGGUUACGUGCCCGUAGUUCAGCCAACAAACUAUUACGGAGGGUCUUACGGUUCACAUCAGCAUCACCAACCAACGAGCCCUUACGGCCCUUCCUAUCAAGGAUCCAACAACGGAUUUUACGGCUCGCCAUUUCCUAGCACCUACGGAACGAAUCCCGCGUACGGAAAUUCACCAUACUAACGAAAUCGAUGGACUUGAUUGAUUUCAUUCGAGCCAAUCAAAGACAAAUGGGGAGAUCCCUUAUAGAUAAUUAUACAAUUCUAAAUUCCAAAUAAUAUAAGCCGCACCCAUUUUAAUUGUGUAAAAGCUUCAACUGGUGAAACAAUAAAAUUUGACUUGCCAA